AUGGAUUCUUCAUCUUAUUCCGAGUCGACGUCGAUGAAUGGUGAAGGAUCUGUUAUUCCAAUUUGCAACGCUGAGUUGAGGCCUUAUGAAGGUCAAAAAUUUUCUUCACUUGAGGAGGGAAUUUCCUUUUAUGAAAAGUAUGCUCAAGAGGCUUGUUUUGAUUGUCGAAGAUUUGGAAAUAUGUCUAGUGGUGGUGUUAUUACUUUUCAUAUAUCUGAGGAUGUGAACGUGUCAGAUGAUAAUGAAGUAACUUCAAAGAAGAAACGCAGACGUGGCACAAAAAGGUGUGGAUGUGGAGCAAGGAUCAGUUUUAAGUUUUUUUCUGAUUGUGGUGUUAAAUAUUAUCUUGUGCAUCAAUUCAUUGAGGAACACAAUCAUGCUAUGGUUGACAAAGAUCAUAAGCGAUUUAUGAAAGGAAAUCGCAGUAUGAAUGAUGUUCAUCACAAGUUUGUUGAAGAUUGCACCAAAGCUAACAUCGGUCCUACUUCAACUUUCAACUUAUUAAAGGAGUUUUUGGGUGGUUAUGAUGUUGGGUGUACGUUGAAUGAUGUUAGGAAUUGUUCUCGUGAUAUUAAAGAGAAACUGAAAGAAGUGGAUGUUCAAAUGAUCCUAAAUCAGAUGCAAGAGAAUAAGAGAAUUUGUGAAGGCUUUUUUUACAAAUAUCAAUUAUCACCUGAUGAUAAUAAGUUAGUGAGCUUAUUUUGGUCUGAUGCUGAGUCUCGGAAACAUUACCAUAUGUUUGGAGAUGUUGUAGCAUUUGAUACAACAUAUUCGACAAACAUGUAG